AUGCCCUGGACCAGACCCCAAAUGGAGCUCCAGUCUCCCGAGGCGGCCGACCCUCCCGGCGGCGGAAGCGGCGUCUACGACCAUCACUACGAGGGCUCCCUGUUCCCCACCUCCACGCUGAUCCCCGUGACGGUGAUGUGCGUGGCCAUCUUGGUGGUGGGCGUGGCGGGCAACACCAUGACCAUCCUCAUCAUCCAGCACUUCAAGGACAUGAAAACCACCACCAACCUGUACCUGUCCAGCAUGGCCAUCUCCGACCUGCUCAUCUUCCUGUGCCUGCCCUUUGACCUCUACCGCCUGUGGAAGUACGUCCCGUGGCUGUUCGGCGAGGCCGUGUGCUUGCUCUACCACUACAUUUUCGAGGGCUGCACCUCGGCCACCAUUUUGCACAUCGCCGCCUUGAGCGUGGAGCGCUACCUGGCCAUCAGCUUCCCGCUUCGCACCAAGGUCUUAGUGACCAAACGCCGCGUCCACUACAUCAUCGCCGCCCUGUGGGGCUUCGCCCUGGCCUCGUCUACGCCCACCCUCUUCCUGGUGGGCGUGGAGUACGACAACGUGACGGGGACACGCGGCGGCCAGUGCAAGCACACGGACGCCGCCAUCCAUUCGGGCCGGCUGCACAUCAUGCUGUGGGUGUCCACCGGCUACUUCCUGUGCCCCAUGUUCUGCCUCGUCUUCCUCUACGGCUCCAUCGGCUUCAAGCUGUGCAGGAGCCGGGCCGACGUGAGGGGGCCCGGCGCGCUCGCCAGAGAACGUUCGCACAGGCAGACCGUCAAGAUCCUUGUGGUGGUGGUCUUGGCCUUCAUCAUCUGCUGGCUUCCCUACCACAUCGGGCGCAACCUGUUUGCCCAGGUGGACAACUACGACACAGCCAUCCUGAGCCAGAACUUCAACAUGGCUUCCAUGGUGCUGUGCUACCUGAGCGCCUCUAUCAACCCGGUGGUCUACAACCUGAUGUCGCGCAAGUACCGCUCGGCCGCCAAACGCCUCUUUCUCCUACACUGGCGGCCCGACCCUCCGCUGGACCACCACCGCGCUCGCCAGAGCCAGCUGAGCACCGCCGACCCCGCGGAGAGCCUGACCGGGUCCACCGGCCAACGUCUCUGCCUCUCCGUCAUUGAGCGUUGAAGAUAUCGUCGGAAAGCCCGCACCACAAGGUUUGCUGCUUAACAUAGGACAAAAAUACGAAAGCUGAAUGCAGAACUGACAUGGCGACAUUUAAUAUGGCGCCCCCGACAUUGGCGAUUUAUUUACGUUUACAUAAGUAACAGGAUAGCGUUGAGUUUAAACCACUUGUAUCUCAGAUCAUCUCUUCCCUUUAAAAUCAAUUAAAAGACUAAUGACGUACUUAAAUCGAAUUAAAAAGAACACCUUAUAAGAUACUGUCUGUUGAGAUGUCCGGAUUUCUCUCAACUCAUCAGUACGGCACUGAUAUUAGCAAUUUUUUUUCUGAGGAUAAACGUUAUACGACUGCGAGUACUGUUAAUGUCUUUCUACGUGUGUCGCUGCGCUGUAUGUUGCUUAAAGGUUGAUCAUGCAGCAAUGUUGACGCUGAUUAGCAUUAGCAUUAAAUUAGCAGACUGAGCGGCUAAGCCGUGUGGUUGUUAUGAAUACAGAGUGUAAUUCUCUUGAUUUUAGGUUUAGUAUUAAAGUGAAGCUCAGCUGGCAAUGCCAACAAACUGCUUUAAAAUUUCUUUAAGAUUUGUUGACUGUUUGCCACACUGCCGCUUAUUGUAAAGUGACUUGUCUUAAGUCUGUUCACACAAGUCAAAUAAAGUCAGUCGAACGACAACUCGUAUCUUGAGAAAAACGUGUAAAUUGAGUCACUUAUGCCUCAAGGCGGUAUCAUAAUUUAAAAUCUUAAAAAAAAAAUCUAGUAAAAACAUGUUUAGAUGGUUAGAAAUAUACAGUGUCGUUUUUGUGAUGUGUCUAAUAAUUGUAAACCAUUUUAUUGUCAUUGUACUGAAAAUUUUGAUUAGAUGUGGGAAUGCUAAAUUGGGAUGAAUAAUAACAAUGUGUACUUGAACACUAAUGUAAGAUUUAGAACAUGCAUCGUAACACAACACAACAAUUUAGGUCCAAAUCUGAUCAAUACAAAGUUGAUUGGCCAUUAAAAUCAGGGGAAAAACAGCUAGCCAAAUGUAAAUACAGCAAAAAAAAUGUAGAUUACCGAGUGAGUAGGUCAAAUAUAAUACUUCAAAGCCAUCCAUGGCGUGAUAUAUAAAAUGUGCAAUGUUUACCAAUUAGCUUACCGUGUUGAUGGAUCAACUUAAUGCUACGCUGCACUUAACGAUUGACUUUGCUUUUCCAUUUGAAAGAUUAAUGUUACCUUCAGAAGCUUUAACAUGAUUUCAGUGUGUUGAGGGUGAAUUUAUACAUGCUAUUUUGUCGUCAUUGGCUAAUGUUCAUGGCAGCUGCAUUUACAAUAUUUGCAAUAUGACAUAGAAAUGAUGGGUGACAAUGUGAUAAUGUUGUGAUAGGUUUGCUUUAGAAUAAAUCAGAUCAAAGAUAA